AAAAUUUCAACCUGCUCCUUGCAAGUUGCAAAUUUGAAAAAUCCUAAAUAUGCUUCAAUUAAAACCCUAUUUUCCUCUCUCUCAUCAUUUUAUGCCUUUCCCAAUCUUACAUAACUGCUAAUCCUUAAACUUAAUUACUUCCCAUUCUGCUAAUUUUUCCCACUUUUAAAUAUACAAAUCUGUUUAUAUUUGCCCAGUACACAGUACACACAACCCUUUCUUUUUUUUUUUUUUUUUUUUUUGAGCUUAUUUUUGUAUUAAAAAAAAUGUUCAUGAUUUUUACUCGUCGAGUAAUUAUCAUUUUACUCAUAGCUCAUGUUGCUGCCGCUGCUGCUGAUUUAGAGAUCAACGAAGCUGAAAAAACAGGUGGAAAAACAGUGAUUUCGAUUAGUAAUGGUAGUAAUGUGAAUGAGAAAUUAGAUACGAUGAUUACGAAUAGUAAAAAAGAGGAUGUUAAAUUGGAUAGUGAUAGUUUUAGUAGUAAAAUGAAGCCGGUGGAAGUUGGUGAUCGAAGGAAAAUGAAUAAUAGUAGCGAACGUAUUGGUGAAUCGGCGAAUGUUGGUGAUCAGAACAAGUUAGACGAUAGUAGUGCGAAAAAGGAGAUGAAAGAAGCUCAAGAACAAGAGAAACCGAAAGGUGUUAGUUCCGAGAAACAGGAGGAGAAGGGAAAGGUUGUGCGUGAUGGAAUUCAGUCGAGAGAGGUGAUAUUGCCUACAAGAAAGGAGAGCUUUCAUGGAGAAGAAUGUGAUUCGUUGUAUAGUUGCACAAUAGACGAAAAGGCGUUGGUUGCAUGUCUAAGAGUUCCGGGCAAUGAAUCUCCAGACCUCUCACUUUUGGUUCAGAACAAGGGAAAAGACACUGCCAGCAUUUCUAUUAUGGCUCCUAAGUUUGUAAAACUGGAGCAUAACAAGAUUGAACUCCAAGGAAAGGAAAACAGGAAGAUGAAGGUUUCUAUAGGGAAUGGAGGAAAUGACAACUUCAUCAUUCUGAAGGCAGGAGAUGGUCAAUGUUCUCUCGAUUUCAGGGGCUUGAUCGACAACGCUGAUAAAAUAUCUCAGUUCAAUUAUGCUUUCCUAUCCUUUGGAAUAAUGUGUUUGGUUGCAAUAGCGUUAGUGGCUACAGUCUUGAUGUACAUCAAGCGGAGGCCACUAUUAAGCAAUGACCACAAGUACCAAAAGCUGGACAUGGGGUUACCAGUUUCCAGUGGAGGAAAGGCAGAAACGCUCUCAACUGAUGGAUGGGACAAUAACUGGGAUGACAAUUGGGAUGACGAGGAAGCACCCAUAGCACCAUCCUUGCCAGUCACUCCUUCCCUCUCGUCUAAAAGCGUUUCCACAAGAUGGUCUAGUAAGGAAGGCUGGAAAGAUUAAUCUUGACGAAUGUCCUCGGUUCAUCAACUUUUUCGUUCUUCCACUUGGUAAGUAGACAAUAGAAACGACUUAACUGCACAGUAGUAGCCGGGAGGCAACAAGUUCUGACAUUACGGUUCAAACUGUGACAUCUUGUAGUCGGGUUGCCUCCUCCGUCUCUUACAUUUCAUUAUAUUUCGAAAGAGGGAAAGUCCCAUACUUGGGCUUGAUGAGAAACACCCUUUAGCUUGGAUCUCUUUUUGCCUUUUUCUUUCUAACUUUGUAUACUUGCUUUUAUGGACCUAUUAAGUCCAAAGCAUUGGUAUAAUGCUCUUUAGGCUUUUUGGAUAGCUGGAUAUGGAAAACCUAUAUUGGGUCAUGCAUGUUGAAUACACAACAAUUUAAACAUCAAUAGAUGUCCUUAUGGGCCUACCUUCUUGAA